AUGCUGCUUCCAUUCUCGGGCUUUGUGUGUUUGUGGCUGUGCAGCGAGGCCGCGGAGACUCAAACAAAGACCUCCUCCAGUGCACAGAGCCGGGGAUGGCGUCCAGUCCCCGGGGAGGACAAAGGAAGGUCCCCGUGGACGGAACCAGUGAACCCGUCGCCCUCCGACCUGCUGCGCGCCGUGCGUAAAAGCGAUGCGCCAAAUGGAGACGGAGCUUUACGCACGGGUGUAACCAAGGCCGUGACUGGUGGAGGCCAUCCGGGAGAGAAGCUCAAACAAACCCAGCGUGGUCACACCUGUGGCCCCGGGAGGAGCCUCCUCCAGAGGCGCAGGAGGAGGAGGAGCGAGAUGAGCUUCCUCCAGAGGCGCAGGAGGAGGAGGAGCGAGCCGCCGCAGGAUGGAGAUGGAGAUGGAGAUGGAGAGCAAGACCCCAGACCCCCGUUUGGUCUCAACAACGCCAGCGACUACGAGGAGGAGGAGGAGGACUCGAUGCCGGACCCCACGCCACCCAACGCACCUGUGAACCCGCGGACCAGAAGGAGGCCUCUGAAGAACCCGUUCUACCCGCUGACCGCGGAGGCGCUGGGCGCGUACGCGGUCUCCAUCACCGCCGCGCUGGUGUUCGGCCUGGGCGUGCUCGGGAACGUGUCCGUGAUGUGCAUCGUGUGUCACAACUACUACAUGAGGAGCAUCUCCAACGCGCUGCUGGCCAACCUCGCGCUCUGGGACUUCGUGGUCAUCUUCUUCUGCCUGCCGCUCGUGGUGUUCCGCGAGCUCACCAAGGACUGGCUGCUGGGGGAGUUCUCGUGCAGGAUCAUCCCCUACCUGGAGGUGGCGUCUCUCGGGGUCACGACCUUCACGCUCUGCGCUCUGUGCAUCGACCGUUUCCGCGCCGCCACCAACGUGCAGCUUUACUACGAGAUGAUCGAGAACUGGGCGUCCACCGCCGCCAAGCUCGCCGUCAUCUGGGUCGGCGCUCUGCUGCUGGCGCUGCCCGAGCUGCUGAUCCGCCAGCUGGUCACCGAGGACGGCGACCCACCGGACGCGACGCCGUGCGAGCGCUGCGUGAUCCGGAUCUCCACCGACCUCCCGGACACGCUGUACGUGCUCGGACUCACCUACGACGGCGCGCGCCUCUGGUGGUACUUCGGCUGCUACUUCUGCCUGCCGACGCUGUUCACCAUCUGCUGCUCGCUGGUCACCGCGCGCAAGAUCCGCCACGCCGAGCGCGCCUGCGUCCGCGGCGGCAAGAAGCAGAUCCAGAUGGAGAGCCAGAUGAACUGCGCCGUGGUGGCGUUGGCCAUCCUCUACGGCUUCUGCAUCAUCCCGGAGAACAUCUGCAACAUCGUGGGGGCCUACAUGGCGGCCAGCGUUCCCCGGAGAACCCUGGACAUCCUGCAGCUGGUCAGCCAGAUGCUGCUGUUCUGCAAGUCGGCCGUGACGCCGGUGCUGCUGUUCUGCCUGUGCCAGCCGUUCACCAGAGCCUUCAUGGACUGCUGCUGCUGCUGCUGCGUCGAGUGCGGCCCGCCACGCCGCAGAAACGCAGACGCCACGCCCACCGCCGCCACCGGCAGCGACACCGACAACGAGUUCGCCACCACCGAGCUGGAGCUGUCACCGUUCAGCACCAUCCGCAGGGAACCGUCCACCUCCUACGCCGUCGUGGGGACACACUGUUGA